GUGCCCGUGCAGUGGUCGGCGCCUCUCGGCGCUUCUGUAUCGCAAGCGGACGCCACGUCACCAGCCGCAGAUUGCCCGAGUCUCGCGCGUCCUAUGUUGUCUCGCGGUUGCGCAGUUGUUUACACGUCCACGACGAACUAACUAACGCCAACAAACCGUCUCAAAGCGGUCCACGCAGACUUCGUUCCAUCACGGAGCUUCAAAGACGAGCUUGUCGAAGAGCUACAACGAGCUGCCGCCGUGUCUAGCUAGGCCCGCGGCGAAAGUAUAUUGCAGACAAAGCAGAUCGCCGGCUCGCUGCCUCGGACUUCGGCAACGCCCACCCGGCGUAUUCGAAAAGGCCGCGAACCGCGACCUCUCUUGUUUCCGGUUCGCCCACAUCGUGCGAGCCACGACGUUUGAACAUCGUUAAGAGAACCCCCCUCAGACCCGGACAAAAUCAGAUGGCCACCAGUGAACUCGGUGAUUCCUUGCUCAACUUCUCCAUCGACCUGUACAAGCAGCUGGCCUCGAGAAACGGCUCUUCUGAAAACAUCGUCUACUCCCCGUUCAGUAUCUCCGCAGCGCUGCAUAUGGCUCUGGCGGGGGCCCGAAACGUCACCGCCAAGCAGCUCGCCGACGUCCUUCACGUCAAUGGAGACGAGGUUCACCAGAACUUCUCCGACUUCCGGUCCAAGCUGACGGGCCUCGCUCCUGGAGUCAAGUUGCGCGUGGCCAACAGAAUGUAUGCGGAACAGACGCUUCCGGUCCUCGACAGCUACCUCGCCCUGAUACGGGACUCUUACGGCGCCACCGUGGAAUCGGUCGACUUCAGGAACAACUCCGAGAAAGUCAGGCAACGCGUCAACGCCUGGGUCGAGCAAGUCACGGAAUCCAAGAUCAGAGACCUUCUUCAGCCCGGAAGCGUGAACGGCUCGACCAUUUUGGUUUUGGUGAACGCAGUCUACUUCAAGGGCCUGUGGGAGUCUCAGUUCGAGCCAGAGCUGACGGAACGUUCCGAGUUCCACUUAGGCAAGAAGAACACGACGAAGGUGGACAUGAUGUACAAAGAAGACGACUACAAGAUGGGUCGCAGCGAUGACCUCGCCGUGAGGGCGCUGGAGUUACCUUAUCGGGGAGGAAGGGCCUCCAUGGUCAUUCUCCUGCCAGACGAUAUCGAAGGGCUGCCCCACCUCGAGGAACGUCUCACCUUUGGCAAACUGUCUCACCUCUUAAACUCCCUAACCCUCGAGCGCGACGUUCAGUUGUGCCUUCCGAAAUUUAAACUGGAACAGACAAUUAAUCUCAAGCAGAUGCUGACCGCCAUGGGCAUUGAAGACUUCUUUACGGAAGCCGCGGACCUCACGGGAAUAUGCGAGAAGGAUAACGCGUCGGCUUCGGAAGUCUACCACAAGACGUUCGUGGAAGUAAACGAAGAGGGCACCGUGGCGGCCAGUGCGACCGCACUCGAAGUGUGCGACUGUGCGGCGUUAGAUCAGACUGUGUUUAUCGUCAAUCGGCCUUUUAUGUUCCUCAUACAGAGCUCGGAUCCGGAGGCUGUGCUUUUCAUGGGCUCUGUUCGUACAUUUUGAGCCGAUCCAUUGUUCGGUGAUAACGAAAUUUAUUGCCUUGGAGAUUUGCGUAAUGUGCACGGCCAUUUGCAAAAACGGCAGUGAAUCAUGCACUUAUCAUGACCUUUUUGAUGGAUGUGAAGUAAGAUGUCAGAAUUGCAAAAUAAAGA